UUUGAUUUCGGAUCCAUUGAAGAGCAUGAUAGUUCGGCAACGCCCAAUGUAUUAAUAGUAGUCACUAGUAGUAGUAGUGGUAAACUGUACAAUGCUAAUAUGCCGGUAUCUAUUCCAUUUAUGCAUUAUUUCAUCUGCAAUAUUAUCCUAAUAUAUACUUAUCAUAAAUCAACGGUAUACGGUAUAAAUAUGAUAAUGAAUGAUACAACAAUGAUAGUACAGAAACGUUUCCCGCAAGCAAUUAUCAUUGGUGUUAAAAAAGCUGGUACACGAGCACUAUUGGAAUUUCUUCGUCUUAACCCAGCAAUUAAAGCACCUGGACCAGAAGUACAUUUUUUUGAUAAAAAUUUCGACAAAGGCUUCGAUUGGUAUCGGUUUGUUUUUUUUUAG